CGGCUGCAAAACGAGUUUUGCAAAAAUAAUUACGCUACCAAUGUAAUUUACUUCUAGUUAAGAAGUCCAACUUGUUCGUUGUCUGGAAAAUUAAUGGCAAUAACAGCAGUUAGCGCGACACGCUAGCUAGGUGAACCGCUAACUUGACAGUUGCCUUCCCUUCCCUUGGAGCUCCAGGAAAGGGCGCUGUUCUCCACUUCCGUGUACCAAUCGCCGCCACGGGGCCCCCACCGGGUUAAAAGUGUUUAUCUGUGUCGUCUCCUCUUUGAACUCCGACGGCGGAACUCGUCACGUCUGUCGCUGCCAGAACUCUGCGUGGGCUCAUUCGAAAAACACUAUGAGUUUACAAGAGAUCUUUGAGAACAUGAAGCUGGCCCGUGAAUAUGCUUUGCUGGGAAACUACAACUCAGCCAGUGUUCUCUACCAAGGCCUGCUCGAACAAAUCAAGAAACAUGUGUACACAACACGAGACCCUAGUCUUCAACAGAGAUGGCAGAGCUUGUGGCAAGAAGUUAGCGAGGAGAGCAGCCAGGUUCAAGACCUCCUGUCGACACUGGAGAGCGUUCAGCUGCACGCCGGAGCUGUUAAACCAAUUGAACCAGAUGAUUUUGAGAUGAGGCCUGUACCCAUUGAACCAAGGCAUUCCCCAUGUCCUGUCAGGAGGCCUACAAACCCGUAUAAAGACAGCAAACCAAUCAACAACCGCCUCAGCGUGGCCGUGAAUGCCCAGCAAAGGCAUUCAUCUCGUGGGGCCAACGGGGGCAGACACAAACCCGCUAAGGGCAAAACAAAAGAAACGAAGGAAGCGUCUGCUGGCAAAGCAAAGGAAGAUAAGAGCAAAGGAGAUGGCCAGGAAAAAGAAUUGAAAAAGUUUGAUGGGACAGGAUAUGACAAAGACCUUGUAGAAGCCCUGGAGAGAGAUAUCAUAUCUCAGAAUCCAAACAUUAAAUGGGACGACAUUGCAGACCUCGGUGAUGCAAAAAAACUCCUGAAAGAAGCGGUUGUGUUGCCAAUGUGGAUGCCAGCAUUUUUCAAAGGCAUACGGAGACCAUGGAAGGGAGUGCUCAUGGUGGGACCUCCCGGCACAGGGAAAACACUUUUAGCAAAGGCGGUUGCAACUGAAUGCAGGACUACUUUCUUCAACGUCUCCUCAUCAACACUGACCUCUAAAUACAGAGGAGAGUCUGAAAAGUUAGUGCGCCUGCUCUUUGAGAUGGCCCGAUUUUAUGCUCCCACUACGAUCUUCAUCGAUGAAAUCGACUCCAUGUGCAGUCGCAGAGGUACCUCUGAGGAACAUGAGGCCAGUCGAAGAGUCAAGGCAGAACUGCUGGUGCAGAUGGACGGUGUUGGUGGAGCAUUGGAAAAUGAUGACCCCUCAAAGAUGGUGAUGGUGCUGGCUGCCACCAACUUCCCGUGGGACAUUGAUGAGGCUCUGAGAAGACGUUUAGAGAAGAGGAUUUACAUUCCCCUGCCCUCAGCAAAAGGACGGGUGGAGCUGCUCCGGAUUAGCCUGAAGGAGUUGGAGCUGGCCAAUGAUGUGGAUUUAGACAAGAUCGCUGAGCAGAUGGAAGGUUAUUCAGGAGCUGACAUCACAAACGUGUGCAGGGACGCCUCCCUGAUGGCCAUGAGGCGAAGAAUCGAAGGGCUCACACCAGAGGAGAUACGCAACAUCUCCCGGGAUGAGAUGCACAUGCCCACCACCAUGGAGGACUUUGAGGCAGCGCUGAGGAAAGUUUCCAAAUCUGUGUCCGCAGCAGACCUCGAGAAGUAUGAAAAGUGGAUUGAGGAGUUUGGGUCCUGUUGAAGGGUUGAGACUCGGCCGGGUAGUAUGAGUUGUUGUUCAUAUCUUCCUGGGGAUAACAGAGAAAGGUGGUUUGUUGUCGUUUGUUUUGUAAAUGUGUUAAUAAGCUUCACAUAAUCAUCUGUAGUUUUUAAAAUAUGAGAGGGUUUUUUUUUUGUUUUGUUUUUUGGCAACACAAACCACAGAACUGACCACAUUUUUUUUGUGCCUUUACAUAUGCCUUGGAUCAUUGUGUGACAAUAUUAUAUAACCACAACACCAAAAGGUCAUCUCUCGACACUUGUUUUUCUUGCACUUCUUUUGUAUGGAAUUGUGUGUUUCUUGCACAUUCUAGUGAUGCAAUUCAUAACUAAAAUUCUAUAAAUAAAAUGGUAUUUUUUAAAGAAAACUGUUGUUUAAAUAUCUAAUUCCCUUUGAAAUGUGUACAAAAGCUUAACAUUUUGUUCAAAAUACAAUUUUACAGGGCUUCUCCACUUCCCAUGGACCUACCAUCCGUGGGAGGGCCCAAGUGGGUCGAGAGCCUGGGACAUUGGCGGUCCGAUCCCCGGCUACAGAAACUGGCUCUAGAGACGUGGAAUGUCAGCUCUCUGGCAGGGAAGGAGCCCAAGCUGGUGUGCGAUGUUGAGAAGUUAUGACUAGAUAUAGUCUGGCUCACCUCCCCACACAGUUUGGGCUUCGGUCCCGGUCCUCUUGAGAGGGGUUGGACACUUUUCCACUCUGGAGUUGCCCACAGUGAGAGGCGCCGAGCAUGUAUAGGCAUACUUAUUGCCCCCGAUUCGUGCCUGUACGUUGGGGUUUACACUGGUGGACAAGAGGGUAGUCUCCCUCCGCCUUCGGGUGGGGGGAUUGGUCCUGACUGUUGUUUGUGCCUAUGCACCAAACAGCAGCACAGAGUACCAACCAUUUUUUGGAGUCCUUGGAGGGGGUGCUGGAGAGUGCUCCCCUGGGGACUCCCUCGUUCUGCUGGGGGACUUCAAUGCUUACGUGGGAAAUGAUAGUGAGACCUGUAGGGGUGUGAUUGGUAGGAACGCCCGCCGACCAGUGAGGCCAUGGAAAUCAACUUCCGGAUGGCUUUGAGGAAAUUCGGGUCCACCAUCCAACGUCUCAGGAGCAGAAAGCAGAGCCGCGUUAACACUUUGUAUAGUGGGGACGGCGCGCCGCUGACCUUAACUUGGGACGUUGUGAGUUGACAGGCCAAAUACUUCGAAGACCUCCUCAAUUUCACUGACACGCCCUCUCAUGAGGAAGCAGAGUCUGAGAUGUGGUCUUCUGUCUCUGGGAUUGAGGUUACCGAGGUGGUUUAAAGCUCCUCGAUGGCAGUGCCCCAGGGGUGAAUGAGAGCCGCCCCGGGUUCCUCAAGGCUCUGGAUGUUGUGGGGCUGUCCUGGUUGACACGCCUCUGCAACAUCGUGUGGACAUCGGGGACAGUGCCUUUGGAUUGGCAGACCGGGGUGGUGGGGACCGGAUGGUGUGUUCAAACUAUAGGGGGAUCACACUCCUCAGCCUCCGUGGUAAGGUCAAUUCAGGGCUUCUGGAAAGAAGGGUUUGUCAGGAAGUUGAAGCUCAGAUUCAGGAGAAGCAGUGUAGUUUUCGUCCUGGCAGUGGAACAGUGGACCAGCUCUACACCCUCAGCAUGGUCCUCGAGGGUCCAUGGAAGUUAAAUGGUAGAGAGGCCCAGAUGUUUCUUUCUAGUUGGAAUGGGUGCUCCGGGAGUAUGGGGUGUUAGACUCCCUGAUACGAGCUGUGUCAGAGUUUGGUCUGCAUUGCCGGCAGUGAGUCUGAUUCAUUUUCAGUGAGAGUUGACUCCGCCAAGGCUGCCCUUUGUCACCAAUUCUGUUCAUUACCUAUAUGAACAGAAUUUCUAGGCACAGCCCGGGUGUUGAGGAUUUGGUUUGAUGACGUCAGUAUCACGUCGAUGCUUUUUUGCAGACGAUGUGGUUCUGAUGGCUUCAUUAAGCCAUGAUCUCCUACUCUGGCUGGAACGAUUCGCAGCAAAGUGUGAAGCGGCUGGGAUGACAAUCAGCACCUCCAAAUCUGAGGCCAUUGUCCUCAGUUUGAAAAGGGUGGAUUGCCCUCUCCGGGUCAGGGAGGAAAUCCUGCCCCAAGUAAAGGAGUUGAAGUAUCUCGGGGUCUUGUUCACGAGUGAGGGAAGAAUGGACCACUAUUUGAGAAGCACUGCCCUACUGUAUGUACUGUAUAGACCAGUGAUUCUCAACUGGUGGGUCGAGAUCCAAAAGUGGGUCGCGGACAGUUACUGGAAAAAAAAAAAUUCAAUGUAUUCCUGAUUCAAUGAUUUUUGUUUUUUCGGUACAGUACAGAGGCGUACUAAGUUCCCACACGGAAAUUAGUAGUAAAGUGACACAAAGGUUACUUCCUUGGGCUCAAGAGGCCACUAGUUUACUCUGUAAACAAAUACUGUUCAGCUCAGCCCUUGACUGGCAGACUUCAUGCCAACCCUAACCCUAACCCCCAAAGGUGAUGUUCGGCGUGAAGUGCUCAAAGUCCUUGAGGAACAGGUCCCAAAAAAUAAUUUGUGAGAAAGUUGAGACAUCCUAUUACGUACAGUACAGUAGACAUAUUUGCAUAUAAAGUGGACCCCCACUAGAUAGGAUAGGACUCGUGCCAGACCGCAGACAGCGGAAAUCCGCAGAUAACUGAUUCCCAUUAUAAUUGCAUUUGAAAAAGUACGUAUAUAUUUUUUCUUAACUCAAACAAUUCUUGAAUAAGUGAGGAUAAAUCACCAAUAAGCGUUUUGGGGGUUGGUUACACCCAAAAAAGAAAAAAAUGUAACUUUUUUAAAAAAUAUUUAGCUGUGGGGUCAAGGAAAAAUAAGGAUCUUGUAUUCCUUUUAUGCCAGAACAGUUUUACUGUGUCACAAUGGAAUUUUUAAGCAGCCGCUAUGGUUCUUUGUAUUCUGAUGCAUAUUAAAAAUUUCAGUUUUAAAGGGGAGUGACAGAAAAAACAAAAGGGAGAGACAGUGAAAAGAUAACUAAACAAUAUAGGAAAAGACAACAAAAGACACACUAGCUGGAUUGGCAGACUGGGGUGGUGGUCCCCUUUUUAAGAAGGGGGACCGGAGGGUGUGUUCCAACUACAGGGGCAUCACACUACUCAGCCUCCCUGGUAAGGUCUAUUCAGGGGUGCUGGAGAGGAGGGUCCGUCGGGGAGUUGAAUCUCAGAUUCAGGAGGAGCAGUGUGAUUUUCGUCCUGGCCGUGGAACAGUGGACCAGCUCAACACCCUUGGCAGGGUCCUCGAGGGUGCAUGGGAGUUUGCCCAACCAGUCUGUGUUUUGUGGACUUGGAGAAUGCGUUCGACCGUGUCCCUCGGGGAGUCCUGUGGAGGGUGCUUCGGGAGUGUGGGGUACCGAACCCCGUGAUACGGGUUGUUCGGUCCCUGUACGACCGGAGUCAGAGUUUGGUCCGCAUAUCCGGCAGUAAGUCGGACUCGUUUCCGGUGAGGGUUGGACUCCGCCAAGGCUGCCCUUUGUCACCGAUUCUGUUCAUAACUUUUAUGGACAGAAUUUCUAGGCGCAGCCGAGGGGUAGAGGGGGUCCGGUUUGGUGGCCUCAGUAUUGCAUCUCUGCUUUUUGCAGAUGUGGUUCUGUUGGCUUCAUCAAGCCAUGACCUCCAACUCUCACUGGAGCAGUUUGCAGCUGAGUGUGAAUUGGCUGGGAUGAGAAUCAGCACCUCCAAAUCUGAGACCAUGGUCCUCAGUCGGAAAAGGGUGGCGUGCCCUCUCCAGGUCGGGGAUGAUAUCCUGCCCGAAGUGGAGGAGUUCAAGUAUGUUGGGGUCUUGUUCACAAGUGAGGGAAGAAUGGAAUGGGAGAUCGACAGGCGGAUCGGUGCGGCGUCUGGAAGAGCUGGAUGAAGUGGCUGGGGAGAGGGAAGUCUGGGCGUCCCUGCUAAAGCUACUGCCCUGUGACCCGACCUCGGAUAAGCGGUAGAAAAUGGAUUGAUGGAUGGGCAAUGUGGGGGCUGAGGACCCCACCCCAACCACCCUAGAGUCGGGGCCAGGCCCAGAAGCCCCAACGGGGUGCCCCAAAACCAGCCACCCGGAGGAGGCCGCAGGAGAGCGAGACGCCCCUCACCAACCCAGGAUGCGCCACUGUAGCCAGUCCCUGCCCAGUCAGAGGGUAAAACGGUGUCCCCAAUCCCACUGUCCCCCCAGAGAUCAGUGUGUGUAGUGCAUUAAAAGACCUGGGGGGGUAGGCAGGGCAGAGGAGCAUCUGGACCGGCAACUAGCACAGACAUACUGAAUCCCAGUCCAACUAUCGUAUCCCCUCGACCCCGCACCAGCCCCACCCCAAGAAACCCUGAGCAUAUGUGUGUGUGCCUGGAUGUGACCAGUGAAAAAAUAUAUAUAUAUGAGAUUAAUUUAUAAACUUUUUUUUUUUUUUUUCCUUCCCUUUGUGGGAGAAGUUUCACUAUUUGUUUAACAAACCCCGGCAGUUCGAGUGCUCUGAAGUGUUUGGAUUAUUAUUAUUAUUUGUUUUUAUUAUUAUUGCUGUUUUUAAUAUAUUGUAUUGCAGGACAUUUCUGCUUAUUUUAAAUUCUUGGAACAACUCAUCACGUGUCAUAAAAAUAUUCUUAAAUAAUUGUUGUAGGUGGUCAAUUCCACACUGUUCUGUGCUGCAAUAAAGGGAUAUGUUGUUAAUUUUGAAAUCUUGAUUGUGCCAGAUUUGGGAUAGUUUGGUGGAAGCUAAUUGAGAUUCUGUAGCUUUUCGGUGACCACCUCUUUUCCAAGUUUGCCGACAGUGUCUGCCUGAUAUGUCCAUGUGUGAUUAUUUUUUUUGUGGGGACACCUCAAGGUACGCGUGUAAGUGCAUAGAACUUCUACACUGGAUGAAUUGAAGGAAGCUAUUUGCGUUGGUCGCCCAAAUCAACAGAGCAAUGUUGGAGCGGAAGCCAACUUCCAUCAACGCCUUCAAGAAAUGCAUCAAUGAAAACGCACAUCACAUUAUGUUCCACACUUGAUUGUCAAAUGCUAUUUCAAUACAAACACUGAUGUCAAAAUGUUUGUAGCUACCAUUUAUUAUAGUUUUUUUUUUUUUUUUUUUUUAAUAAAAUGUCUGUCCUUUCUG